AUGAACUCAUCUCUAGGCAAAAUUUUGAAAAGGACCCUCAUCUCCUGUAGUAUCAACCACCUUGAUUUCUCUCCCUUUUUUUUCCUUUCUCCUAAAUCUUUAAUUUUUCCUCAAAUCUCUUCUCUUCUUUCUUUUUCCUUUCUCUCUUUCUUUCUUUAUUCCUUUCUUCCUUCUCUCUCUUCCAUUUUUUUCUCUCUCUCUCUUCCAUCUUUUUUUUCUCUCUCUUCUUCACCUUUUUUUUCUUUCUCUCUUUCUUUUUCACCUUUUUUCUUUCUUUCCCUCUUUCUCUCUUCCACCUUUUCCUUUCUCUCUUUCUUCUUCCCUUUUUCCUUUCUCUUUCUCUCUUCCACCUUUUUUCUUUUCUCUCUCUUCCAAAUUUUUUCUCUUUCCUGUCUCUUUCUUCCUCUCUUUUUCUUUCUCUCUCUCUCUUCCACCUUUUUCCUUUCUCUCUCUCUCUUCCACCUUUUUCCUUUCUCUCUCUCUCUUCCACCUUUUUCCUUUCUCUCUCUCUCUUCCACCUUUUUCCUUUCUCUCUCUCUCUUCCACCUUUUUUUUUCUUCUCUCUCUUUCUUUUUCCUUUUUCUCUCUCUCUUCUUUUUUUCCUUUCUCUCUCUCUUUCCUCCUUUUUUUUUCUCUCUCUCUCUUCCUUUUUUUUCCUUCUCUCUCUCUCUCUUUGUUCUUUUUUUGUCUUUCUCUCUCUCUUCCAUUUUUUUUCCUGUCUUUCUCUCUCUCUCUUCCACAUUUUUCCUGUCUUUCUCCCUCUCUUUCUUCCACCGUUUCCUUUCUCUGUCUUUUCCACCUUUCUUCUUUGUCUCUUCCCCCCUUUUCCUUUCUCUCUCGGUUUCUUCCCCCGUUUUCUUUUUUUUUUUUUUUUUUUUCUCCUUCACUCUUUUUUUUUCUUUUUUCUCUUUUAAAUCCUUUUACUUUCUUUUUUUUCCUCCUUUUUAUUUUUCUUUUUUUCUUUUUCAAUCCUUUUUCUUUUUUUCUUUUUCUCUUUUUUUCCCUACUGUUUUUUUUUUUCUCUUUUUCUAUUCCUUUUUUUCUCUCUUUUUUUCCUUUCUUUCUCACUUUUUCUCUUCUCUUUUUUCACUUUUGUUUUUUUACUCUCUCUCUCACUAUUUAUUUCUUUUUCUCAUUUAUAUCCCCUCUUACUUAUUUGUUUCUCUUUAUUUUUCACUAACUUCUUUUUCACUUUAUUUCUUUUACUGUUUCAUCUUCUUCCUUUUCUUCUCUUUCUCCUACCACAUUUCAUUCUCGUUCCUUCUAAUAGUCUUUUUGUUCUUCUUUUUCUCUUUCCCACUCUCAGUUUACCAUUUUCCUUUUCUUCUUUCAUACUCUUCUCAUCUUUGUUGGUCUUUCACAAUUUCUUACUUAACCUCCGACUGA